AUGGCAGCCCUCUUCAAAAGGGCGACCACCCGGUGGCGGUCCCGGCACGCGACUCUCUUGGAGCCCGUAACGAACCCGGGCUCUCUCGCAGACCAUCUCGACGACAACGGUGAAGGGCAGAGCUUGAUCGCCAACAUGGAAUCAUCAUCCGACGCCCAGCAGCACCCUCCCGCCGAGGUGCGGGAUGGGGAGCGGCAGCACAUUGACAGCGGCAUGGCCAAGAAGAUUGUCCGCAAGAUCGACCGCAACAUCAUCCCGCUGCUCUUCAUCACGUACAUGUUCAACUUCAUGGACAAGACCAUCCUGUCGAGCGCGUCCGUGUUUGGUCUCAGGAAUGACACGGUAAGUUGUUUCUCCGUGCUUUACAGGCAGCACUACCGAACCUACACUACUGUCCGAUCAUCGACGUCGUUCUGGUUCAUGAUUACUGACGACGGCGCACAGAACCUCAAGGGCCAGAACUACAGCUGGGUGUCGAGCAUCUUCUACUUUGGCUACUUCGCCUGGACGUACCCAACCUCCAUCCUCAUCGCGCGGCUGCCCGUCGCCAAGUACAUGACGGCCAACACCUUCUUUUGGGGCGCCGUCGUCGCCCUCACGGCCGCCUGCCGCAACUACGGCGGCCUUCUCACCGUGCGCUUCCUUCUCGGCAUCGCCGAGGCCACCAUCACGCCGGCCUUCAUGUUCCUCACCUCGACCUGGUACACCCGCGACGAGAUCCCGACCCGCACCGGCAUCUGGUUCGCCGGGAACAGCGUCGGCGGCCUCGUCGCAUCCUUCGUCGCCUUCGGCUUCGGCCACAUCUCCAACGACGACAAGGUCGGCCCCUGGCGCUGGAUGUACAUCGUCCUCGGCGUCCUGACCUUCGUCUGGGCCUUUGUCCUCUGGAUCUGGCUGCCCGACACCAUCUCCAAGGCGCGCUUCCUCACGGCCGACGAGCGCCGCUACGCCGCCGACCGCGUCGUCGUCGCCGGCACCGGCUCGACGGAGAAGACGGCCUGGAAGUGGGACCAGGUCAAGGAGUGCUUCGUCGACCCCAAGACCUGGUUCAUCUUCGGCCUCGAGAUCAUCACGCAGAUUCCCAACGGCGGCACCCAGAACUUCGCCAACCUCGUCAUCAAGUCGUUCGGCUUUACGAGCCUGCAGUCGACCCUCAUCAACAUCCCCUACUCGCUGCUCUCGGCCGGCAUCAUCGCCGGUACCGGCUGGCUCGCGGGUCGCUACCGCAAGAUGAACUGCAUCCUCAUCGCCAUCAUCGUGCUGCCGUGCAUCACCGGCGCCGCCAUCAUCUACUCCCGCGACAGCGUCAGCAGCGGCGUUCAGCUGUUCGCCUACUUCCUCCUGUCCCCCGGCCCGGCCGCCAUGCCGCUCGCCAUGUCGCUCGUCCAGGCCAACUACCGCGGCGUCACCAAGAAGAUGACCAUGUCGGCGCUGCUGUUCCUGGCCUACUGCGCCGGCAACAUCGCCGGCCCCCAGUUCUUCAAGGCCGCCGAGGAGCCCCACUACAACACGGCCUUCCGCACCAUCAUGAUCUGCUACGCGCUCGUCGUCGUCCUGGCGCUUGGCCUGAGGUUCUACCUGCAGUGGAUGAACGCCAAGCGCACCAAGGAGGAGGGGUACGAGGGCAGCGCCGGAGGUGCGGGUGCUGUCGGUGGUGGCAAGGUGAUGCAGGCGGACGGAAAUGCCAAUGACGUCGCGGAUAUGGUCGACCGGGUCGAGCUGCGGCCCGAAGACUAUGAGGAUGUGACCGAUUGGAAGACUGCCGGCUUCAGGUAUCGUCUUUGA